AACGUUUUCCUCGCAAUUAACAAUUUCUAAAUUCGGCAAAACUUUUGGCAAACACCGCCCACAAGUGCAGAAAUUUUCGCGGUGGGAAAAUCGUGUCCUCCACGGUUACAUUACAUUGAUUUGCAUUUGCCAUUGCAGAAUCGAAUCAAUUCGCAAAGACGUUACUGCUUACAGGCGGCGGCGCGUGGCGAAAACCGCACAUACAGCCGGUGAUCAUCGCCGGACCUCUCCGAAACACGUCUUAUAUCCCGCAGUUUUAACCUCUACAGAAUCCUCGAAACGGAAAUCGGAAGGCGCGAAAAGGCCUGAGAGAGAAUAUAAAUGGCAAACUUUCAUCCGUCUCUGAACACGAAAGCCGUCCCCUUUGAGGCCGGCAGCACCAUUGUUGCCCCCGAGCGGAAACCUAAAUCGGUGGAGCAGCUUAUUGUAGACCUCUACGAUCCCGAUCUCCGGGAAAAAGCCCUAAACGAACUUUCUAAGAAGAGGGAAAUGUUUCAAGAUUUAGCUCCGAUCAUGUGGAACUCCUAUGGUAUAAUGGCUAUUCUUCUGCAGGAAAUAGUUGCUGUUUACCCAGUUUUAUCGCCGCCAAACCUAUCUUCUACACAAUCAAACCGAGUUUGCAAUGCACUUGCUCUUCUUCAGUGUGUGGCCUCGCACCCGGAUACUAGAAAGUCGUUCCUCAAUGCCCACAUCCCUCUGUACCUGUAUCACUUCCUUAAUACAACCUGCAAAAAUAGGUCCUUUGAGUACUUGAGGCUUACGAGUUUAGGAGUCAUUGGUGCCUUGGUUAAGGUCUGUGGUUCCGAUUUCGGUUCUCAGUCUGAUGACAUGGAAGUUAUCAAUUUUCUUCUCUCUACUGAGAUUAUCCCCUUGUGCUUGCGGACAAUGGAGUUGGGAAGUGAACUUUCCAAAACAGUAGCAACAUUUAUUGUGCAGAAGAUUUUGCUAGAUGAUAUCGGCUUAGAGUACAUGUGUGUCUCAGCAGAGAGGUUCUUUGCUCUAAGUAGGGUGUUGACAAUCAUGGUUAAUUCUCUUGCUGACCACCCUUCGACUUCUACUCGUCUAUUAAAGCACAUUGUCAGGUGCUACCUUCGAUUGUCUGAUAAUCCGAGAGCUUGUGAUGUCCUUAGGAAUAAUGUGCCGGAGAAGCUUAAAGAUACAACGUUUAACGUCUGCUUUCAUGAAGAUCCCACGAUAAGAAGAUGGUUACAACAAUUGUUUGUUAAUAUCAACCAAGGGGGUCGUAUAGCUCAAGCGGGCGGUGGCUUCGAUUAUAUGAUGGUCAAUUAGUUCAAAUUUGAAUAAGUCGUAUACGGUUUAGCUUCGCCACGUUCGAGAGUUGCUUCAGAUGCUAGUAUGACUGGAUUUUGUUACUUUGGCCGGCAAUUUUGUUAGUUAUUUUAUUUAUUUAUUUAUU